CUGCCCGCAGGUGCUAUUUUCACUCCAGCUCGCGGUCAUGGGCCGUUGCCUGUCAGGCGCCUUUCCGCGCGCUCCCACCCGGGCACAGUCGACUCGAAGCCAACCAUGAAAGCCACGGGUAGAGACGCAGGCGCGCAACCGGACGGCUUCCCGUCCGACUCGGAUGACUCAGACAGCGGCGACGGCUCCGACGAGUCCACGGGCGUUGGCGGCGGAGGCACAGACGCCAGAGACCCCUCCCGGAGGAGGGCGGCGGUGGGCGGGGGGAUCGACGGCAGCAGUCACCUGCCGGGCGUCACCAAGCAACGGCAGGCGGCGAACGCCCGGGAGCGGGAGCGGACCCACAGCGUGAACACGGCGUUCACCGCGCUGCGCGAGCUCAUCCCCACGGAGCCCGCGGACCGGAAGCUGUCCAAGAUCGAGACGCUGCGGCUGGCGUCCGGCUACAUCGCGCACCUGGCCAACGUGCUGUUCCUCGGGGCGGGGGAGGAGGAGCGCGAGGAGCGGCGGCCCUGUCUACGGUACCAGGGCUCCGUCGGCGCGUGCGGCUCCUCGCUGAGACCCAUCUGCACGUUCUGCCUCAGCGACCAGAGGAAAGCGCUCAGAGACGGCGGGAAACAGUCGGCCCUUUGAAGCGACGAGGAGCCACGAGACGUCAAUGUUUACAUGGAGGCGCGGGAUCGCGCCUUCACCUGUAUGCGUGUGUGUGUGAUCGCAAGUCACGCGCCAAACCUGAAUAUGACGAUGUAAAUAUGAAUAUAGAAUCACUGAAAUGCACUUUCUGUCCCAAGCGCGAGGGGUCCCGGUCCCGCCUUUGUUACGGUAGUUACCGUCACCUGAGCCCACGAGGUUAAGUCCCCCCCCCCCCCCCCCUUUUUGAAGGACGUCUAUUUCGGGAAACGAGUCUCAGGCUCCAUUUUACAAUGGAAUAAUAUAAAGUAAAUAUUAACUCAACUGAGAUUCACACACAAAAGUAGUUUUUUCUUUUUCUGGAAAUAUUUCAAAGUCCGGUUCUAGCUGUUCCACUGACCGGAUUGGGAAUUGCUGUGUUAGACAACAAAGACUACCGCAUAAAAUACGAUAAAAUGUAAUUCCGGAGAAAAUUGAACCCAGGGUCUUUUUCGGCAUGAAGACCCACAAAAUAAGUCCUCCAGACACCUUUUUCGUUGAUUAUCGAGUAUAUAGCUUGCCCGCGAAUGCAACGGCCCAAAUGGCUUCCAUGUUACUGGCUAGGGGCAGUGUGAAGGUUUCCAAAUUCACUUGCCCUUUACCCAUAAAACAAAGCAUCAACAACUUAGUUAGCGUAUUUAGUUUAGGCGAGUUUAUUAAAUAAGACUGUUUUCCAAGUCUGUGCCUUACCGUGAAGCCUUACCUUUCCAGGAAAUCCACACAAGACAAUUAGCCUACUUAAGAUACUAAAUAUUUUAUUUAGUAUAAUAGUGUAAUAGUGUACUAAAGUGUCAAAUAAUGACGUACAUGCAUUUCGACGUAUUCCCUGCUGACAGUCUGAGGUGGCUGUGCAGAGCGCUAAACACUCGGGACAACAUUUGCGAUUCACUUGUUCACAUUUCCAGGAAAUCAUCUACGUAGAGGCACUCCUGCCGCGCCCCCAUAUGCCUGGUCAAAUCUGCCUGCGCGCGCUUCAAUUAAGGUAACCAAUCACAACGGAGUUGGGUUGGCAGGAGGGGGGCGAGGGGGCGGAAAAGGACGAAACCGAAAGUUGACAGAGAAUGCUGAAAUCGCCCAGAUGAGAGGAAGAAUUUCCCGAAAAUCUACAUAGUUUUUUGUGUAUGGUUAAACAUGACUAUCAAUCAUUAUAACAACGUUUAUAGGUCAUAAAAGUCGAAAAUAAAUAAAAGGUCCCCUUUGAGAUGAAUUAGUUGGCGCCUCUAUUAAAUUAUUAACGGUAGCCGGUAAUCGACUUGUGUGGACUUCCUGGAAACAUGGACCUAUCGGCAGUGUCGGGAACAUUACUUCAAAAAAGUAAUUAGUUAUAGUUACUCACUACUUGUUCCAAAAAGUAACUGAGUUAGUGACUGAAUUACUCUAUAUAAAAUAACUAGUUACCAGGGAAAGUAACUAUUUGCGUUACUGUAAAAAAGAAAGUUGCUAUAUCAAAGAAUUUGGAUUUUUCUGAGCAGUUUUCACUUGGCCUUAAUGUGUUAAAUGGUUGAACUGCCCAUUCAAGGCCCUGAUAUACUUCCAACUGAAUUUUAAUUUGCUUGGUUGCGAAGGCUGUGGAACAUCUGCCGAAUACUACCAAAAAUGCCAACUUUUCAUCAGAUUGCUACGGACUCGCCAUUUCUGCUGCUUCAUCGAAUCUGUUUGGUGCGUGCGUGCGCGUGUGUGUGUGUGUGUGUGUGUGUGUGUGUGUGUGUGUGUGUGUGUGUGUGUGUGUGUGUGUGUGUGUGUGUGUGUGUGUGUGUGUGUGUGUGUGUGUGUGUGUGUGUGUGUGUGUGUGUGUGUGUGUGUGUGUGUGUGUGUGUGUGUGUGUGUGUGUGUGUGUGUGUGUGUGUGUGUCCUGGCUUGUGUGUAAAAACACUGGCUCUGAUUGACUACCAUGAAAAAUGACUCUGCCUUAGCCAAUCAUAAUCGCUUAUCUCGUUGUUAACCCACCCGGUCUCCUCACUAGCAGUUUGUGAUUGGAGCCAGCGGUGCCUUCGGAAUACGCAGUUCAAUCAAUCAAUUCCUUAGUAACCUACCGCAUUUAACGUACAGUAACGGUAACGGCGUUCUAACGACGGAAACAGUAAUUAGUUAGAUUACUGAAAAAUAACGCUGUUCUUUUAAACUGCGCCGUUAUUACAAACACUGCCGGUAGGGCACAGACUUGGAAAACAGUUUAUUUGAAUAAACUCCUGGUAUAUUAACUAAGUUGUUGGUGCCUCAUUUUAUGUGUAGGGCCCCUAGUCUGCUGCACCAAACCUACUGCAUAGGUUUGGUGGUAAUUUGAGCAGUAUUAGUGGUUAAAAAAAUAUCGAUUUGUAAAUGUUCACACUGCCCCUGGCCAGUAACAUGGAAGCCAUUUGUGUUGUUACAUUGCUCUGGGCAUUCGCAGGCAAGCACUAUACUCGAUUUUCAACGAAAAAAGGUGUCUGGAGGGCUUAUUUUAUGGGUCUUCAUGCCGAAAAAGACCCUGUGUUCAAUUUUUGCAGGAAUUACACUUUAGCUUUGUUCCGUAAGGCUAGUUUGUAGACCACCUGAACCCCCCCCCGCAGACGGGGGUCAGUCUGUCUGCAGCAUCUAUACACACUAUGAUCUGUGACACAGAGAGAGAACUCAUGUAAUGGUUCAUCCAUUGGAAACAAUUAGUUGUAUGUCAACUAAUUGGAUUUUCUUUUAAAAAACUGCUAUUUUCUGCAUUUUAUUCAAUUACACCCACAGAAUUAUCAGACAUUAUUGUAAGGGACAGAUUCAGAACUAUGUUUUCAGAUGAUGGUAUGAUAAAUGAAAAAAAAGCUCACUUUUUUGAGUUUUUCCAUCAGAGGCAGGAAGUGGGUCUUGAGAAGCUGAGCAUUGGCCUUACUGAUGAUUGGCUGAGAAAAUACUUCUGAGUAAAGAGAGAUAAAAAGAUAGAGAGACAGGAAAAUUGUUAAUGAAUAAACAUCUGGGUUUGGAUUGUUGCAACUAUGACCAUGAUUCCCCCCCCCAGAGUCACAUGGCCUGCAGAUUAUGUGCAUUGCAUUCUGCAUGGAAAUAAAGGUGCGUUCAUCAUCCUGGGGAUAACGAGAUGUCUUGGUAGUGAUGACGCUUGUGUGUUCCCGACAGCGACCGUUCACUGCGUUGGGAAUCUAAAAGUUCUUCACAGCAGGGUUUUUCUAUGCGAUAAAAACCAGUCAGAACUAAACAGAACUUGGUAGGAUCAGUUUCAAGUUUGCAUGCCUUUAUUUCCUUGAUGCAUAUCACCUACUAUCCUUUUGCUUUUAUUUAUGAGAUGCACAUACAGUAUUGGCACUGUAUGGUAUGGAAGGCAACCCUUGCCCUUAUCUAGAGCUGGUUUACAAGUGAGCAAAGUUGAUGCCAACAGGCGGUUACGUCAAUCAAUGGUAAAGUAUGUGAUAUGAUGGUUUUCUUUUACGAGUAAAACUUUCAUGUUCCGCCAUGUUCAUGCACGUCACUAGUAAACCAUACGUCACCAACUGGACAACUCUGUUAUCAAAAUCUGGCCCCAGUUGCCGAACGGAAGUAGAAUCAUAACAGCGUCAUGUGGUGUCGUUCAGGAGAACUUUCCGACGUUGUGUUUUCCCCAUCAUUUCGCGCGAUGUGAACGCACCAUAAACUCUGAGCAUUACUUAAUAACUAAUAUUAUUCAUACAUCAUAUUUUUAAAGAGUGGUUGUUAGGUUAACUGGAAGAAAUGAAUAGGGAGUUGGUGUCAAUCCGUCAAUGAAAUCCAGGAGGAAACAUUAAAGACAAAUAUUUUAGGACAUUGUUGCCCACUACCUCAGGAAUGCAGUCAGAACCCUGAAAUCUUUCACUGUGUAAAGAUUAUUUGCUUACAUACAUUACGUUUGAAUCGUUUGCACAUCGCCCAAUGUUGAGAAGCUGCUAAAAAUUGUAUUUUUAUACAAAUAAAAAAU